CGUCUUUGAUGUGACCGUCUCUGCGGCGUGUACUAGUAUACCAGAAGAAAAUGAACUUGAUAACUGCAGUAACAAGUUCGUGAAAGUGAGCAGCUAAUACAAUAACUCAUUUCAUCAUGUCUCAAAGAACUCUUCCUUUGCUCAUCAUAAGCCUCGGCGGAGAAAUGAUCUACAUUCUGGAUCAGCGCCUCCGAGCGCAGGAUGAAAACGAUGAUAAAACUCAGAGAGGUCGUUGGACAGAAGAUGACAGGAAAAGAGUUAUGAAUGAUAUAGUGGGCACUAUGUUCAAUAAGGCUUUUCUAGAGGAGCUCUUGCGGCCGCAGGAUCUGUAUUCCCACCGAGCUCUGCGGACAGUUUUGACACGGAUAGCACACACCUCCAUUAUGCGUCUUAACCCGGCCAGCAUGGACAAGCUGUAUGAUUUGAUGACUAUGGCCUUUAAGUAUCAGAUCGUUCUGUGUCCACGUCCACAAGAUUUACUGCUCAUCACCUUCAACCACACGGACACCAUCAAGGAACUGGUUAAGGAUAAUCCCAGCCUCGUUAACCAGAUCAACGAAGCCCAGCGGCAGCUUACUGAGGUAUACACACCCUUAUCCGAUGGUGAGUUUCAACUCAUCCGACAUACGCUACUGGUUCUCUUUCAAGAUAUGGAAAUCAGGAUCUCAAUUUUCUUAAAAGAAAGAAUCCAGAACCCUAACGGGCAUUUUGUGCUGCAGACCUCAGGGCCGGUGCCUCACGGAUUUGAGGUUCCUGGUUUAAUCAGGUGGUUUAAUGCUAAAGGGCGCGAGGUGAGGAGAUCAAGGUUCCCCAGUGGAGGAAGCUACACAAGUGCUGUACGCCAGGGCUCGGUCGACCUCUCUGGAGACAGGGUCACACUUCUGGGCACCAACAUGUACACCACACCCUCACCUGAAGACAUAGAGCCAUCAGGCACCUCUAACAGCAGAGGCAAACUAAAGCAGGCAGACACAACCCCCAAUCCUCUGGCCACUGAGGAACUCAAUCUGCUCGCUAAACUGAUGGGUGGAAUGGAGGUGCAGAAACUUUUUAAUGUGGACGCUGGUUUCAGAGUCAACCUGUGGACCUUAGAUCAGGAGGAGGAGGAGGAGGAGGGCAUUGGAAUUUCUGAAGGAACAGAGCAUCAGUCAUCUAGAGUCAUUAACAUACAAGUCGCACAGGAUCGGCUGGCCAGUACUGAGCUUGCACGCAUAGCAGGAGAAUUUGAUGAAGAGGGAAGCCAGACAGAGGGACCCGGGAGCAAGGGAGGAGACGACUUGCUGGCCAUGAUGGAUGAGCUCUGA